UAAAUCUUGUGGUGUCUAACUAUAACAGUUGGAUGCUCCAAAGGACGAACCUGUUGCGUUGUGUCUGCGUUUCAUGGCUUCUGCAACUCUCAUACUCCCUUUGGCCUUCGCCGGGCGGCACCAUCACGGUGUUUCUCAGCGUCGACUUUUGUUCUCCGGUAAAUUCCGUGACGGCCUUUCCCUCUCUUCUCCGGCUUCCAAGCGGAGAGUGUUGGCGAAAGCGCAGAACGCUGUAAACGAGGAAGUGGUUGAAACUCAAAGCUCGGAGUUGAAGAAUGGCACCCAACGCACUCCUUCUUCCUCCAAAUUGGUGCUUGUUGUCGGUGGCUCCGGAGGCGUUGGGCAGCUGGUAGUUGCAUCACUGAUUCAGCAGAAUAUUAAGUCACGGUUGGUACUUAGGAAUCCUGAGAAAGCCACAGAACUAUUUGGUGAACAGGAUAAGGAGAAACUGCAGGUAUUCAAAGGUGACACAAGGAACCAGGAAGAUUUGGAUCCAUCUAUAUUUGAGGGUGUCACACACGUGAUUUGCUGCACAGGAACAACAGCAUUUCCUUCUAGGCGUUGGGAUGAUGAUAAUACACCAGAAAGGGUUGAUUGGGUGGGAGUGAAGAAUCUAGUAUCUGCAUUGCCUUCCUCAGUGAAGAGAGUUGUUCUUGUGUCAUCAAUAGGUGUUACCAAAUUCAAUGAAUUGCCAUGGAGCAUUAUGAACCUAUUUGGUGUGCUGAAGUAUAAGAAGAUGGGGGAGGAUUUUCUGAGGAGUUCUGGCCUUCCAUUUACCAUAAUCAGACCUGGAAGGCUGACAGAUGGACCAUACACAUCAUAUGAUCUAAAUACUUUGCUCAAAGCAACAGCUGGUCAACGACGAGCAGUACUUGUAGGUCAAGGUGAUAAACUAGUUGGCGAAGCCAGCAGAAUUGUGGUUGCUGAAGCUUGCGUGCAGGCACUAGAUCUUGAAGUCACUGAAAACCAAGUAUAUGAAAUUAACUCUGUUGAGGGGGAAGGUCCUGCAAAUGAAACUAAGAAGUGGCAAGAACUAUUUGAGGCUGCACAAUCCAGCUAGCAUUUCAAGCCAUGGAUACAUCCAACAUACCAAACACACCAACUAAAAAAGACGUGUUUAAAGAAGGAAAACAAAGGGGCAAGUCAGUCAAAAACCAUUAAAAAAGAAAAAGAUAUGUAGCAUAAUUUUUCCUUCUGUUACUGUUAUAAAUAUUUUGUAGCAAUUUUAUGUUGAUAUGAAUUUAUUAAGAGAAGAGUUAUGUAACACAUGUUGAAAGGGCAGAAGAGUCCAGUGCUAAUACAACUCACCAAGGAGUGAGAAACACUACAAGAAACAAAAUAACUAACUUCAGGUUGGAAGAA